AUGGUUGAACUCGCAGAAAUUAAGGAAGACCCGCGUCCUUUUGAAACGGAGGAAGAGGCUCAAGAAGUGCCUGCGCAACAUUUGAAGCAAGAAGAAGAUUCAUCUGACGAGUUUUCAAGUGAUGACGAAUUUGACGAAGAAGAGACUAUGCUUGAAAGACUUUACGCUCUAAAAGACAUUGUUCCUCCAAAACAAAGACAGACGAUAAGCAGAUUUUUCGAUUUUACAGCGUCCACCAUCAGAAGCACAUUUUCGAAGGGUGGAAAUCUUGUGUGGGCGGUGACUACAUCGGCUUUGCUGCUAGGUGUUCCGCUUUCUCUGUCCAUUUUAGGUGAACAACAGUUGAUCGAAAUGGAAAAGAGCUUCGAUCUUCAGAAAGAUGCUAAUGACAUCCUCGCGCAGGGCGAGACUGCUCAAAGUCCUUCACCAGUUGCUGUUUAA